AUGUCGGACACCGUGACGGGCACAGACAACACUAAGCAAACGGUUGAGCACCUUGCUCUCGAGCAUCUAGAGAAGGUCGACUCGAAAGAUUCUCUCCACCGUAACGAAUUAGGUCAAGAUGCAGCGAACCUCCAAAGCUAUUGGUCUUCGCCGCGACUGUUAGGUUCGAUCUUGGCCUCAUUCCUCCUCGCCAACAGCAUCUACAUUGGCUAUGCCUUGCCUGUCAGCAUUCUUUCGGUCAUCAACGCUGAUAUUGGACCAUCCCCGAAUAUCUAUCUGGUCUCGUUAGUCUAUACUCUCUUCACCGGAGUUCUACACCUAUUCUUUGCCCGCCUUUCGGAUAUCUUGGGCAGACGAUACUUCCUCGUGGGAGGCCAAACAUUCGGCGUAGUUGGAUCCGUUAUCUGCGCUACCGGCAACAAUGUCAACGUCCUCAUCGGCGGUAGUGUCUUGGCUGGUAUCGGUGGUGCCGCUGGGCUGCUGUAUCCUGUGGUCAUCCAUGAGCUGAUUCCCAAUAAGCAUCGUCACUGGGGUCAAGCCGCUAUUACUCUCUCUGUCCUGCCCACCUUGGGCUUCGGCCCAGCCAUUGCCAGGACUAUGAUAGCUCAGACUGCAGUGGGAUGGAGAGGAGUUUAUUGGUUGAACGUGGCAGUAUCAGGAGCAUCCGUUGUUCUCUUCGCCACCUGUUACUUUCCGCCCAACUUCCAUAUGAUCAACAGCGAAUUGACCAAAUGGCAAGAAGUAAAGGCGCUCGACUAUGGCGGCCUUAUCCUCUACUUCGCGGGUCUCAUCCUAGUCCUACUCGGAUUCACGUGGGCUCAAGGGACGUAUGCAUGGCAGAGUGCACACGUUCUUGCUUCCCUGAUUGUGGGCGCCGUGACUUUGGUUGCCUUUGGGAUAUACGAGACCUACAUGCCACUGAAGCAACCGCUGCUCCCGGUCCGACUCUUCAAGAUUCCAAACAUCACAGCAUGUGUCUUCGUCGGGUCUACCAUGCAAAUGGUCUGGUUGGCACUCAACGUAUUCUGGCCCAUCCAGAUUAGUGUACUUUUCACAACGAACGAAGUUACGAUCGGUUUGAUGUCUUGCACCACGGGGAUCGCCUUGGUUGCAGGAGAGCUCAUCUUCGCUCCUAUCUUUAGGACCGUAGGGUACCUAAAGUGGCAGAUGGUGGUGGCAAGUAUAAUGACCGCCGUCUUUGGAACUGCAAUGGCCGCGGUAACGUACGAAACGGAGAGCAUGGGUAUCGCGUUCACGAUUCUAGCUGGACUCGCAAUUGGAUGGAUUGAGAUGGUCACCAUUGUUGUUACUGGACUUGUGGCUCCGCCGAACGAUAUUGGUGUCGCUCAGGGGUUUUUUGGCUCGACAAGGCUGACCUUCGGUACUGUCGCUGUCAGCAUCUACCUGGCCAUCUACAGCGAUCGUUUGACAGCCUUUCUACCUCAGGAGAUCGUUCCCGCCGUCGAGGAUGCUGGUUUGCCCGCAAGUAGUAUUCCUGACCUCUUUGUCGCCGUUACAAAUGGUACCGCCGCAGCCCUGGAGAUGGUUCCUGGAAUGAGCAAUGGAGUGUUGGACGCCCUUGCACUGGCCACAAAGCACGCACAAGCCCAUGCAUUCAAAGUUGUCUAUCUGGCGACAUUGGCCUUUACAGGCAUUGGCCUGAUUGCAGCCUUCUUUAUCACCGACGUGAGUGCCUACCUUACUAAUUACGUCAACAAGACGAUACAUAAGCCUAAGAUCGGAGAUUCGGCGGCGGCUGAAGUCUGA